CUCUCUGCUACACUCCCCACCACAUCUUCGCAACUGACUCCUCGCGUGUCGUGGCGAUGGCGGAGUCAUCAUCGCGUCGCCAGAGCAGACGCAGUGUGGACCCGCCCACGAACGACGCGAAAGCGGAAUUUACGGCUUGUCUCAGUCUAUACUCCACCUUAACCUGGCGUUUCACCCGCUCCGCUCCUUUUCUGUAUCGUACAUUGCGGCGCGAUGUUCCUAGUCCCAGGCGUACAAAUGUGCAAGCACUUCCUACAGUUCGUUACGUUGCAGCGGAUGACAGCAUCAAUUGGUGGAGGAAAAUCUCAAAGAUGCGAUGCCUUUGGUGCGCCCGACGUGUCUAUCGCUUUGCUGAUGACACUGAACUCAUGCAACAUCUCCAGACCUGUCACGGCCGCUUCAAGUACGAAUUCGAGAAGAAGAAACCCACGGGCUCAAAGUCACACACCGAAACCAUUGUAUAUGUACGUAUAUCUAUGUCACCAAAAUUGCAUUCCGUGGAGAAUGUAGUAGAGUUCACAUGCGAGGACGGCGCGCACUUUGAUAAGUGCGACACUAGCCCUUGA